AUGGUCUCUGAUUCAUGCUUGCCAGGAAGCCAAAAGCACAGGGCCGCAGGGAAAUCGACAUUUGUGAAUAUUCUUAAACAGGCUGAUGAGGAAUGGGAAGUGGUUCCCGAGCCUGUAGCUCGGUGGUGCAACGUUCAGCAAAGCUCUGAAGGGGAUUGCAAGGAGCUGAGCCCAUCACAGAGGAGUGGAGGGAACGUGCUUCAGAGGAUGUAUGAGAAGCCAGAGAGGUGGUCCUUCACUUUCCAGACAUACGCCUGUCUCAGCAGGAUCCGGGCUCAGCUCAGAGCCCUUGAUGGCAAACUGAGAGAGGCAGAGAACCCUGUGGUCUUCUUUGAGCGAUCUGUCUACAGUGACAGAUACAUCUUUGCAGCUAAUUUAUAUGAGUCUGAUUGCAUGAAUGAAACCGAGUGGACUAUUUACCAAGACUGGCAUGACUGGAUGAACACACAUUUAGGUCAAAGCUUAACGCUGGACGGGAUAAUUUAUCUCAGAGCCACUCCUGAGAAAUGUUUAAAUAGGAUUUACUUGCGUGGAAGAGAUGAAGAGCAAGAAAUUCCCAUUGAAUAUCUGGAGAAGCUUCAUUACAAACACGAAAGUUGGCUUCAGCAUAGGACGCUGCGAACAGAUUUUAAAUAUCUACAAGAAAUACCUAUUCUAACCUUAGAUGUGAAUGAAGACUUCAAAGGCAAAAAGGACAGAUAUGAUCACAUGACUGAAAAGGUCAAAGAAUUUUUGAGCACUUUAUGAUCCUCUUUUGAAGUGCAGGGAUAGUCAAAGUCUUCCAAACAUCUGUGCCAUCAAAGUCUGAAGUACAGCUUCUGCUUUUAUAGAAGGUCUCCAGAGAGGCAGGACUCAAUUCUGUUGAUUCAGUUGUGCGGAACAAAUAAACUCUGUGAAUAGGGAAAUUGUUGAAUAAAUCAGUAAGUCUGCUCAGUAUUAUAUUAAGUGUUACACAAAUUCUGAAGAUAUUAGAAUUCUGAGAG